GAAAACAAUAACCAUGUAUUAUUUAUCUUAAAAACCGUGGUGAACGGAGCAUACCCUAACCAUUUCCAUUCCAUUUCUCACUCCCAAUGUCCUCUUCUCUCUCCACCCCUUUCAUCCACCAUUCUUCAACUCUUCGCCAUGGAACCAACCCUUUCCCUUUUCCUCACGCCGCUUCCACUCCCAAACCGCAACGCUUCAAGCCUUUCUCCGCAAAGUGCUCUCUCGACCACAUCCCCAAGCAAUUCAGACAGGAAAAUCUCAAAGAUGGAUUGAUAGACAACUACAAGAAUGUUCCUCAGUUUCUAUAUGGUCUUACUCCCUCACAAAUGGACAUGUUCGUGUCUGCAGACAAUCCUAUGAACAAGAUGUCUCAAUGUGUCACAGAGGAAAGCAUUUCAUCUGCCCAAAGUUAUUUGGAUCAUAGUGGAAUGAGUAGUAUAUCUAGCAUGGACAAUAAUGGCUCUAGAAGGACCAGCAUGAGUGUUAGUAUGUAUAGAGGAGGUGGUAGGGGGAGAAGGCCUAGGAAGUCUCCUCCGGAUUUGCCUUCUUUUCUGUUGGAUUCUCGGAUAGUUUAUCUUGGUUUGCCGAUUGUACCAGCUGUGGCAGAACUUAUUGUGGCUCAACUUAUGUGGUUGGAUUAUGAUAACCCUACGAAGCCUGUUCACUUAUAUAUUAAUUCAUAUGGGACUCAGAAUGUGAAGAAUGAGACAGUGGGAGCAGAAACCGAUGCUUAUUCUAUAGCUGAUAUGAUGGCUUAUGUCAAAUCUGAAAUCUAUACCGUGAAUAUGGCCGUGGCGUUUGGCCAAGCAGCAAUGCUUCUGUCUCUUGGAAAAAAGGGUUAUCGCGCUUUACUGCCAAAUGCAUCCACUAAAGUAUUUCUCCCGAAAGUGCACAGAUCAAGUGGUUCUGUCUCAGAUAUGUGGAUUAAGGCAAAAGAGCUGGAGGCAAAUUCUGACUAUUACAUAGAGCUGUUGGCAAAAGGAACAGGGAAAUCAAAGGAAGUAAUUGCUAAAGACAUCCAGAGGACAAGAUAUUUCCGAGCUCAGGAGGCCAUAGACUAUGGUCUUGCUGACAGAAUAUUGGACGAAGGGGCUAAUUCAUAUGAGAAGCGGGAUUAUAAUGAAUUGCGUGCUAUAAGAGCACUUGAGAGAGGUGGCGGGAACCCUCAAGCCGCCGCUCCUUCGGGAGUUUAGGUAAUUUCACACACAAAAACAUUAGGUCACUUGUUCUGUUCCCUAUCCAAUACCUUUAAACGGUGUUAGUGGGUUUGGUUUAAGUUGAGGGCUAAGCAGCUAUCUUCUUAUAUCAAAGCCAAAUGGAAUUUGCACCGGUUAAUGUACUUAUGUUACUUGAAUUACCAGUGCUUUAUUUCAACUGAAGAAAAUUACUAGGCCUGGGGGAUUAUUUUCGUAUGUUGUAAAUAUCAAACCGUUAUCAAUGUGAUGAACUUAUGGCUGCAUUAGAACAUUCUAUACACCUUUGUUUAAUUUUUGUGAUAUAAAAGGCAGGUUCCAAGUUUA